UGCAUAGAUAAAUAAUCACUGUCUGAAUGCUAGAGGUCUGAAUUGUACUGAAUAAGUACUUGGAGAUUUUGAUAUUUUGUCCAAUACUAUCUUGUAUAUGUUGUGGUGAUAGUGAUCUCUCUAAUCUAAGCUUGUGGGCGAUUGCAUGGGGUGUUGUAUGGAGUGUAAUAGAUAUUUCAGGUUCAUAUUGAUUACAAAAAAAAUCUAUGCACUGUAUGUAGAGUGUAAAAAUGAGCGGAAACCCUAAUAAUAAUAACCGAGUCUGCUUUAUGCACUUGAUUAUUUUCAGUUAGUAGAACCCCUGAGGUGUGUUUGUGUUUAAAGACCAAAUUCUUCCAAUCAGAUGCAUGUAGGCUCUGACUCAUGCUUAAUAAAUUUGCUGAACGAUGGACCUGAACCGUUAUUGGCUGAAGUGAAGAGCUGUCAGGCGUGUCUGCUAUGACUCUAUCAGCAUGUGCUUCCUUUCCCUGACUGACUUUUGUUCUAAAUGGAGAGCUGGAAGAAACAAAGCAAUCAUCUCAGCGUACAGGAUUUGUUCUUUGUGCAGUGGACUGUACUGCUUAGGUCUGAUGUUUUGACUGUACUGCUUAGGUCUGAUGUUUUGACUGAUCUAGGAACGGUUUUCCUAAGGGCUGAUACAAUGUCGAACUCUAGGUUCUUUGCAUAGCAGGUUUUGUAAAAUAUUUCUUUCUCCGCUGCAGGGGAGGAAUGUUUCUGCACCAGUUAACCAGACUGUAUGGCCAGAGCCUGACAAUAGGCAAGCUUCAGGCCAAGACAGUGCACAAAAUGUUCAGGGGUUUUUAUUUAUUUUUUUAUUUCCUUAAGUCUACUUAAUCAUUUGACUUUGUGCAGCUAAACAACGGGGAACUUGGAAGCACAUGGUUUAGUCACAGCUAGUCACACUUCUGUUACUGCAGGGUCUCUGUUAAGCCUAAAUGCGUGAGCAUGAAAGUGUUUGUGUGUGUGAGGCGACUGUGGAAGACGUCACGUUGAUUCAGCACUCUUUAUGGAGACUGCAUAAGCUCUUGACUGACCUCCCAGAUGAUAUGCUAGAGGAUAGUCACGACUCUUCACCAGAGCUGGACUACUCAACUUGCAGUCCUCAAAAAGAUCAUGACCGACCACAGCGUGCUUGGAAUGGACAGUCUGAUCAACCACAACCUCCUUCUGCUGAAACAAAUCCUGGAGAUACCUAUGACCAGUCUGAUCAUCCGGGUUAUCUGUAUGGCCAUGGCCAUGGUCAUGUUCAUCACCUCCAUGGUAGGACAGAACAUUUAACCCAGGACUGGGAUACACAUCAGGGCCAGAACUAUCAGUAUGAGUCUGGAGACUAUGUCUACUCCUCUACUGGAACAGCAGAAUCUAAUGGUACCAACAACUUCUCUGUUGAAGAGGACUAUGAACAGCAAGCUUACCCACACACAGGUCAUCACUCUGGAGCAGAUGGCCAAGACUAUGGAGAAUAUGAUAAUGUCGGACACCACUUUCAGAAAUUUGAUAAUGGAAUAACUGACAGCCAAGAUGUCGACUGUUACAAAGCCAGUUACCAGCCACAUAAACCAGCAAAACAACCAAAUAUGUUUAACAUUCAGUCGUCUAAUCAAAAUGGCCACUUUGACCAGCUGCAAAGAGACUUUCUUGAUUCAUCUCCAACUACUGUUGAUGCCCAGGAAUAUGCCCAGUUGAAGAUUUUAAACAAGGCUCAAUUGAGGCAGAUUGAGGAUCUGGAGCAGAAACUGGAAGAUGGCAGGCGUAAGAUGAGAUAUCUUGAGCAUCAGUUUGCAAUUGUAAAAGAUGAAAAGGAUGGGCUGACAUUAUCACUGAAGGAGUCCAGUCAUCUCAUAGAGGAGGCAAAAGAGAGGGAGUCUCGACUACAAGCGAAAGUCAUGUCUUUGGAGCGACAGAUUCAGACCCUUACAGAGAGAGAACAGGAGAACAUGAAGAAGCAGUAUGCUGCAGAGGCAGCAGUAGACAGUCUGCAGCAGCAGAUGACUGAGCUGUGUCGCUCUGAUACGCUGACACGAUCACGGGAACAACACGACAGAGACAUGGCUGCCAUAAAGGAACAGCAUGAAGCUAGAGUGUUUGCCCUACAACAAAAGUUAGACACACAUGGUCAAAAUCUGGAGGAGCAGGUGCAGGCGGCCCAGAGGCUGCGGGAGCAGGUGAGGCAGCUGGAGAGGCAGAGAGAGGAAGAGCAGGUGGACAGAGCUGCAGUCAUCAAUGCCCUCUCACAGCGUUUGGAGGAGAGCCAACAGCAGUGUGCUAAGCUGCUUCAAACUGGGUGUGUUCAAGAAAUGAGCCAGAUGCAGAUAAAACUACAGCAGGCCCAGUGUAGUCGUAACAUAAGUGAGAACAUGAACAAAGCACUGCAAGAAGAGAUGAAUGAGUUGAAAGAACAGAUCACCCUGUAUGAGUCUGCUGUGAAGCUUGGAGCAGUUUGUUUCGAUUCUAACCCAAACUGGGAAAACCCGCUCUCCGAGUCCUACGUAGAUCUUGGCAUUAAGAAAGUGAGCUGGAAAGAUGGCAGAAAUCACAGCACUCCUGUCCUGUCAGACUCAAGCCUGCCUAAGGAGGACUUGGUGAAAGAGCUGAAGACUGAGCUGCAGCGGUGUCUAGCACAACUGAAAACAAAAAGGGAGAAGAUCUCCCGCAUACAGAAGGAUCUCCAGACCUCACAGAAUCAUGUGGAACAGCUACAGACCCAGCUACAAGGAGCUGAGAGAACUGCUAAAGAUGCUGUGGUGAGGGAAAGCAGCUUAGAGAAGCUUUUGGAGCAAUCGAACAUAACCCCUCACAAAGAGGUAGCAAGACUGGAAGAGGAACGACAGCAACUCCAGAAGCGAGUAGAGGCACUUGAGUUGAGAAAUAAGGAGCUGAAGCAGAGCGAGGAAAAGGUGAAAUCGGCUAAUUUUGAGCUCUGCACCAAGAUGAGGGAGAUGAUUCAGGAGCUGGACCAGGAGAAACAGGAGGCUGCUGAGAGGUAUGAGAGAACCCAGCAGCAGUACAGAGAUGAUGUGGUUCAGCAUGUUCGUGCAGAACUCGCUCAGGAACACACGGCUCACAUUGAGCAGCUUACUGCCCAGCAUCAACAGCACAUCCAGCAGCUGGAAUCUAAAUUAUCUGACCUAAGUCAAGAAGUAUUAGCUGUGCAGGAAUGUUACAUCUCUGUUUGCAAGGAAAAAGAUAAACUUGAGGAAAACCUUCAGAACCGAAUUGAUGAGGAGAGAAACCUGAAAGACAGUGAGGUAAAGAGACGACAGGAGAUCGAGGAGGCUCAGGAGAAGCAGAAGGCAGAUUUUGCCUCCCAACACCAGGAGGCUGUUGCCCAGCUCAAGGCUCAGUGGACCAAAGACAAAGAGACGGAGAUACAGUUGCAGGUCACUAAGCAGCUAGCCUCUGCCAAAAAGAGCUGGCAGGAAAGACAGCAAGAAUUGGAAAGGAAGUGGGAGCGAAAACUGGAAGAGGCCAUGAAAGAAAAACAAAAAGCCAAAUGUACAGAAACACAGGAUGAUUGCACUCAGACAGACACUGUGGAUUCUGUGAGCCCGCUUCUCUCCCUGGAGCAGCUGGAGGAGAGACUCAGUGCCCAGAGGAUGGUGCUGCAGCGAGAGUCAGACAGCAAGCUCACCAAAGCAGUGGAGGAGGCAGUGAGGGGCAAAGAGAGAGAACUGCAGCAGAAACAUGUGCAGGAUAUGACAUUGCAGGUUGAAAGGGCUGUGUCUAGAGCUCAUAAUCGCUGGCUCCAAGAGAUGUUCUCCCUCCCAGAGUACAAAGCCAGUUUGCAGUCAGAGCGUGAACGGUGGGAAACGCUACAACAGAAACACAUUCAAGAACAGGUGUCUUCAGCAGUAAAAGCAGCUGAAGACAAAUGGCAGGAGACAAUGAGUAGAAAAUGCAAGGAGCUAGAGGACUAUGUGCACAGAAACCAGGAGCUUCAGGAGCAGGUGAACUGUCUGAACACACAGCUGGAGCGUUCUGGUGAGGAGCAGAAGGCGCUUUUCAAAGGUGAGCUCUCUGCUGCCAGAGCUUUGUGGAACACUGAGAAGCAGGAAGAGAUUUCAUGCCUUAAGAUGCAACUUCAGAGGGACCAAGAGAGCCUAAAAGAAACUCAUCAGGCACAGCUGGAGAGAAGAAUAAAAGAGACCUGGGAGGAGGCUCUCAGAAAGGGGCAAGCACAUCUACAGGAAGCCAUCCGGAGCAAGGAGCAGGAGUGGAGGAGUCAGCAACAGCUCAAGUUGCGGGAAGAACGGCAGCAGUCGAUGGAGGAGGUGCUGGCCGAGUUAAAGGAGGUUCUGAAGGAGGUCCAGGAGCAGAGAGAAGCUGCUGAGGAGGCAGAUGGCAAGGAAGGAGGUGUAAGAGGCAGACUGAGGAACCUGUGCAGGGAGGCACUGGCCAAAGCUGAAGCCAACACCAAGCAGAAGUCGCUGAAGAGCAGUGCGGAGAAGUUGAGGCAUGUGCUGAAGGAAACCCAAGAGCCACAUGAAAAGGAACUCAAUCAUACACAUAGCUCAUUGGCCCAAAGGAAAGAAAGUGUCUGUAGCAACAAGGGUUGUAAUGAUACCGUAGGCAGGCUCCAGAAGAAGAAUCUGGAGCUUCAGAAGCAUCUGGAGAAGGCCUGUCGUCAGCUCCAGCACACGGUCCGAGAGCACAAGAGCACUCUACACAAACUCAAAGAAGAGCAUGAAGAAAUCUUGCGAAAAGAGAAGGAAGCUCAUGCGAAAGUGGUUGAGCAGGCCAAAUUGUCUGCAUGCGAGGAAUCUGGUGCUGCAGUCAGUCAACAAAAUCUUCAUGCUGGCCUUGAAGAAAUGAACGAACAGUAUAUGAAAGCUGUGCAAAAAAUAAGAGGUGACAUGCUGCGCUACCUGCAGGAGAGCAAAGAGCGAGCAGCUGAGCUGAUUAGAGCCGAGGUCCUGAGGGAGAGACAGGACACGGCUCGCAGGAUGCGCAGGUACUACCUCACCUGCCUGCAGGAGCUCCUGGAGGAGGGGGGCCAGACCAACGGUGCUGAGAAGAAAAUCAUCAAUGCUGCCAGUAAACUGGCUGCCAUGGCCAAAGUGCUAGAAACACCUGUAGCCAAAAAGAAAUUUCAAAGAAAUCAGGAUUCACAAGAACCAUCAUCAAACUCUACAGAAAACUCUAAAGUUGACCAUAAAGUGUCUUGUGCUGCAUCAAGCCAAAGCCAUUCUGCCAUAACAGAGUCCCGUAAAGUUUGCAGGAAUGAGCAACAGCAGCAGAUGAAGGUCCUCGCUGAGACCAGCUCUGUAGGCCAAACAGCCAAAAUGAGAACUGCAGGCAAGGCCUCUCAGCCUGACUUCAAAUCUGUGAAGACGAAUGCCGCUAAAGGUCCUGAAAUAAUCGAGCCCACCACCCCACGGUCACUCCACCAUCAUCCUCCCAAAUCCUUCUGUGAUUUUUCUUCAUCUCAUGUUCAUUUUAAUACUGCUGACUCUGUUAAUGUGACCCUGAGGAAGCGUAGCAGGGAGGAGUACCUGAUGCGGACAGAAGCAGGAAAAGCCAGUGAAAGUUUUACUCCUCGGGUGGCUGUUGAGCCUUUCCUGAUUGAAGAGGCGCCUGUGAGAGAUGAUAGCCAGAGUGACUGGAGUUUAUCCAGUAACGGAUCCACUUUUUCCAACAACAUUCAUCUAACCUCCUCCUACCCCAGCAAAACCCCACAGCCAGUCAGCUCAUUCUCAUUGACUGGCCCUGCUGUAGAUGAGCUGGACUUUGGAAGCACCAUAGGUGAUAACUCUGAUGUAACUGUUUACAAAGAGAUUGCCAAAAAGCCAUUCGGGGUGAAACCCAAGAAGUACGUAGGCAGUAAAAUGACAAAGAGCAGGGAUCCAAUUCCAGGCUCGGAGGAUGAGAUGAGCCGUAAAACAUGUCCUAAGAGUUUACUCUCACAAUUCAAAAUAUCUCAACGGGACAGUGGGUUUGACAGUCCAGUGUCUCUGAUUCAGAAAUAAAGUGUGUGUGUGUGUGUGUGUGUGUGUGUGUGUGUGUGUGGUGUGUGUGUGUGUGUGUGUGUGUGUGUUGUACUGUGAUUUGACUGAAUAUUGAUGUUAUGUGAUUGUCAGGAUUUCUUAAUUAACCUGUUUUUGUACUGCCCUUUGUGAAUUAAAGUUUAAAACCCUCCAUAAAAUGUCUCAAUUUUCCUAAAAACCUUAAUGUUGGACAUAUUACUUGAGAGCAUGUGAGUUGCAUUUAACAUGCUAUUUUAAAUAUAUUUAAAUAUGGUAUAAUUUAGACAGGUUGU